AUGGAGGGGGUUAGCUGGCCCCAUGACGAUGGGAUUGUGCUACAGAUGAUUAUUCGGGACAGGAUGGUUCACCGAAUCCUCAUAGAUACUGGAGCAUCGGUGGACUUAUUGUCUUAUCAGGCCUUCAAGCAGUUCGGGUUGGGUGAUGAAAGUCUCAUCCCUGAUGGCACCAAUCUCUAUGGAUUUUUGGGUGCGACAACGAAAAUAGAGGGAAGUAUUAAAAUGCCUGUUACGGCAGGAGAAUAUCCUAACGAAGUCACUGUGGAUGUGAACUUCAUGGUAGUGAGAAUGGUAUCGGCCUUUAACGCCAUAUUAGGAAGACCGGCACUAAAUGCCCUUGGUGUAAUAGUCUCAACAAAACACUUAAAGAUCAAGUUCCAGACCCCAAAUGGUGUAGGGGAAUGCCGAACCAACCAGAAAAAGUCAAGAGAAUGUUAUGCCAGCUUUGUUAAACAAAAGAAUGAUUGUGGGGGGAUGGCCCUAACCAUCGCCAUACCCGAUUAUAGGGACAAACUUGUCAUGAGAUGA